ACGGCCACACUGGUGCCCAGCCCGCAGUUUCCAGAUACGCGACAAUGCAUUUGUAUUUCUCGAUCGGUCGCAGAUCGGAUGGAAAGCGGGGCUUGGAGUGAAAACAAAGAAUCUUGUUCUGGUCAUGAUUUUUCAUCCGCGAAUUGUCAACUUUUGUUGAGCACGUAGUUGUUGCUGGCCCAAAAACAACAACAGCAACAGCAUCAACGAUCGCGAAAAAGAGAGACGGAUGCAAACAAUGCGUACGCGCGCGUGUGUGUGUGAGAUAUUCCGCAAGUGAUUCAUUCUGCAAAAAUAAUAAAUAAAUAAAUAAGACGAGCGGUGCAAACUAAUGCGAAAUGUUUGUGGAAAUGUGUCAGCAAGUGAGGGCCAUAAAAUAACAGUGCAAUAUCAAUAUGUGUAAAUUUUAAGAGACUCUUUAUCGCCCACCGCUCUCUGCCUCUCUUUCUCGCUCUUUGUUUUCGUUUUUUAUUGUUGUGUUGUGUGUUGUGAAUAAAAAGAAGUUAAGUUAACCACGCAUAAAUUGCAUACGAAAUUUCGUCGAGGAAAAAGCGAAAGGAUACGUCAUGGAGCAGGCGCGACCUGUGCCCGCCCCUCGUCGCCUCUAUCCGGAGCUGCGUCCCGCCAACUACGAGAACAUCGAAAUCCGGACGCCCAAUAACAUCAGCAAUAUAAAUAUCAACAACAACAACAACAACAUCAACAACAUCAAGAAGCUCAACAUAAAUGCGGAAAAUCUGCAUGGUAAUUGUGCGGAAAAGAAGCUGCCGUCGAGUGGACAAAACAAGUUGAUACUGCAGGAGAAUAACUGCGAUAGUCAGCAGCCAAUUUACGGACCGGAUGCCAAUGAGAAUGUCCAGGAGCCGGUGUACGCAACGCCAAGGCCGGCUCCGCGCCAGCGAUUGCAACCAGCAGAAGAUCCCAAUCACGAUCCCGAUCACGAUCACGAUCAUGAUCCCGAGGACGAGGAUGAGGUGCCUUUGAGGAUUCUGCGAUCGGCGCCGCAGGUGCCGCCCAAGCCACUAAACAUCCUACCCGACCAGCGUGCCUCGAUCUGCAGCGAGGUGUCCACCACCAGUGGCCAUGCCCUGGGCGGCAGAGCUGACGAGGAUCGGGACGGAUCACGGUACGCAUCGAACGCAUCGCUGGACUGCAGCGAGAGCUCGCACAGCGGCAAGUUCAAGUCGCAGUCACCCGGGUACGUAGACGCCGUCGUUUCAUCACCCACCAUUCCACAGUCGCCGGAUCCAAGCGGGGACGAUCCUGAUCGGAUCCAGGCAGAUUCAUCCGCAGAACAGUCCUCCAGCAGCCACGAAGGCGACGAUGACAACAACCUACUGCGAUCGCUGGGAACCACAUCGAAGCUACUGGGCGAAUCCAUCGGCGAGCGGAUCACGUCCAAGGCGAAGGGAGCCAAAAAGCGGCUGGACCGGAACCUGAAGAGCUCCACGGAGGCGAUCAGCACACUGGGCGCCGAUGCGGGACGGAGUUUGAAGCACGCCGGCCAGCGAUUCGGCUCCAACUUCAGCCUGGGUCGGUCCAAGGACAAGGACAAGGCGGAGGGAGGUGGGAGGUCAGGAGGAUCGGGAUUGGGAACGGGGGAAAUGGAUCUGGACAGACGGCAGACGAUGCCCAAUACGGAGGUCUUCAGUGCGAUACAUUUCUCGAGCCCACUGAACCGGAACGGCGGUCUCUGCGAUCUGCGGCAGAACGAGGCGAAGCUUCUCCAGAAGGAGGAGCAAUUGCAACUGGAGCAGCACCCCGAGGACGAUGGCUGCUACGAGGUGCCCAAGGCGCAGGGCAAGCCGCCCAGCUACGACGAGGCGCUGCGGUCACGCCCCUCGCCCACAGCCUCGCCGCUGGCCAGGAAUCUCGCCCAGGAGGCCGCCCAGCUGGUCCAGCUGCGCAGCGGCCAGCGGGGCCAGCUUGGGCCGAGCAGUAGCUGCUCCUCGAACGGCGACGACUCGCCGCGCCUGCCCAUGCCCGCCUUCCCGCCGCCCCGACUAUCCCAGCAGCCGGAGCAGUUCCGCCUGGAUGCACUGCAGCCGCCGGUGCGCCAGAAGCGGCGCAAGAACUACGAGCACAUCGAGCUGCGACGUCCGCCCGUUGACUCCGCCCAGCUGGAGGAACUCAAUCGGGCGGCGGCAGCCAAGGAGCGCGAGGAAUCUCUGCUGAUCUCGGCCAAGAAUGCCGAGGCGGAGGCCCAGGCCCCCAAGCCGGAGCGCAGCGAUUCCUGGCAGUUCUACGGCGAGGACGAGACCGACGAGGAAGAGGAGGAGGAGGAGGAUCACGAUGGCAACUCAUCGCCCGAGCCGGUGUACGCCAACCAGGAGGCCACCUACGGCAAGCUCUUCGAGAUGGCCACCGCCGGCAGCAGUCGCAGCAAUGUGCUGACCCCCAACCAGGUGGCCGAGCAGCAGCAGCAGCAGCUGGCCUGCAUCACCGAGGAUGCGGAACUGGAUGGCGGCGAGGGGGCCGUGGGUGGUGUUCCCCUGCCGCAGGCUCUGAUCGAGGAGUUCGAUCCGCUGUCCAGCAAGUGCUCCACGCUGGCCAGGUCGAACAAGAGCAACGAGCUGCUGCUGCUGGAGCACCUGCUCGAGGAGGACACCUACGGCACGGUGAAGGCGGAGCAGGACGACGUCAGCAUGUGCACCUCCGAGGAGGAGCCAGUGACCACGACUAGCUGCCCCACAAGUGCCAAGUCGCAGAUAGUGCAGCCGCAGAUAGUGCACCAGAAUGCCCAGCUGCUGAGCGACAGCAUGGAGAACGUGCUGGACGAGGAGCGGGCAAAGCCCUAUCUCAGCCGACUGCCAGCCGAGUCUACCACUCGAACAGCCGGGCCCGUGGACUUGGCCAGUAGCUCGCGCAACCGCACCAACUGGUUUGUGGCGGACAAGGCGGACAAGGCGGACAAGGCGGCCGAUGCACCGACCAAAACAAUGCCGCCCGUCGAGGGUGACAGCCCGCCCACCUACCUGGAGGCCAUCGGGGGCGGGGGAGGGGGCAAGGAUGGCGGAAGUGGACAGGAGAAUCGGCCCACCAUUGGUUCCCGCUUCCGGCAGACCAUCAGCGCCUUCUCCAGCGUCAAGCUGCGCAUGGACGCCAUGAAGCGGAAGGCCAGCUUCCGGGGAGCCAAUCACCGGCAGUCGGACGUCAAGGUGGCCCUGCAAAUGGUGCCGCGGCCCAGCCUGUCGCCCCUGCUCAUCCGAUACGAGGGGCCGCUGGUGCGCUUCCCCUCCGGCGUCGUCGAGGACAUACUCAAGGAGAUGCAGAACCGCAAGGCCAUACUCCGCGAGCGCCAGUUCCAGACGUUCCUCGACCAGGAGAUGAGGACGCCGCGCGAGGUGAUCCCCCUGGACACGAUCACCACGCUGCAGUGCGUGAGCAACAGUCGCGUCACGGACACGGCCACCCACUUUUACUGCUUCGAGAUCACCACCUCGCAGCCGAAGAACGGCGCCGGGGCGGGCGACAGCAUGUCCUCCAAUCCCAAUCUCCUCAUGACCAGCAGCUCGUCGGGCAAUGUCAAGCAGCAGCGCGUCACGCACCUCUACGGCGUCGGCAAGGAGUCGGAGCGCGGCGUCUGGAUGCAGAAGAUCCUCGAGAGCCUGACCAACAGUCUGCCGGUGAAGUACACCUGCCACUACUACCGCGCCGGCUGGUGUUACCUCAAGAACUCCAUCACCUCGGAGUGGAGUGGCACCUGGUUGGUGCUGCGCAAGAGCCAGCGGCGCCUGAUCUUCGUGAGCGAGGCGAACGGCAACGUGGAGAAGUUGGAUCUGCGCAAGGCCCGCUGCAUAGUGCUGAAGGAGAGCGACGAGUCCAUCGACAAUCUGCACGUGGAGAGCGGCCCCAUGCUGAUGAUCGACUGCCCGCCCUACGCCGUCUACAUGAUCAUGAGCUCCGCCCGCGAGACGAAGAUCUGGCGGCACAUCAUCCGCGAGGUGGCCCACAACAAUGGCUUCUCGCUGGGCGACCAGCAGCUGACCCGCUACGAUGUGCCCGUAAUCGUGGACAAGUGCAUCAACUUUGUGUACAUCCACGGCUCCAUGUCGGAGGGCAUAUACCGCAAGUCCGGAUCGGAGAACUCCAUGCACAAGCUGUUGAGCGCCUUCCGGGCGGACGCCUUCAACGUGGAGAUCACACGCAACGAGUACAACGAGCACGACGUGGCCAACGUGCUGAAGCGCUUCAUGCGCGACCUUCCGGAGCGCCUGCUGGGCAAGCUCACCGACAGCUUCGUCUUCGUCACGGAGCUGGCGGUGGCCACCGAGAAGAUACCCAUCUACCGAGAGCUGCUCGGCCGACUGUCCGCCAUCGAGCGCGAGACACUGCGUCGCAUUGUGGGGCACCUGGUGUUCAUCAGCUCGCAGCAGGCCAAGAACAAGAUGAGCGUCCAGAACUUGACCAUGAUCUGGGGACCCACGCUGCUGGCUAAGAAGAGCGACGAGCUGAUCUACUCGCAGAAGGAGGCGGAUGUGCUCAGUGAUCUGAUAGUGCUCUACAAGAAUCUAUUCCCCUGCAGUGCCGAUGAAAUGAAACGGGAGCAGGCCAUGCUGGCAUGCCUGCAAAAGUACUAUGCGGCCGCCGAAACGCUUAAGGAUGCGGUGAAGCAGUCCGGAGACAUCAAGAUCUGGAUCAGCCUCAAUCCCAAUCCUGACAACAAAACAGAGGAGAAGACGCAAGUGAACGCCACCAUUUCGCCCACCAAGACCGCCUACGAGCUGUGCCGUGAGUACUCCGCCAAGAUGCAGCUGCCCACCCACCAGUUGACCCUGUACGAGGUGAUCCUGAACGACAGCUUGGAGCGGCCGUUGCACCACGACACCAAGGUGUUCGAUGUGAUCCUGAACUGGUCCUACUGGCCGGAGGAGGACCGCAAGCACAACUAUCUGGUGGUGCGUCCGGUGGAGAUGCUGCGCGAGAUCCAGCGGGCGGUCAAGAAUCUGGCCACCGUUACGCCCGGCAAGGAGCUGCGUUUCGCCGACUCCCGCACGAAGACCUUCAAGACGCUGCAGUGCGAGCUGCGGGACGGAAAGAUUGUGGUGUCCAAGAAGGACAAGAACGACAAGACGACCAUUGUGCGGGAGGUCUUCCUGCAGAGCAGCACGGCGUAUUUGGGCUGCGAGCGCAAGCGCGACUUUCCCUGGAGCUGGGCCAUCACCUUCGUGGAGCGCACGCAGGCGCAGAUCAUGAGAUCGCGCGAUGCUCCCUUCAUUGGCCACGUGCUGGCCGGCAGCGAGUGGAUGGACCGAACCAUCUGGUAUUCCAGCAUCUGGUACUGCCUGUACAGGGACAACAUCCUGCCGCCGGCAGAGAUCAUCAUCAAGUAGAAGUGGACGCCUCCCAGCUGCCAAACAUACAUAGUUUUAAAGGCCGUCUUGUGCAUUUUCCCGUAGCUCUCGUGUAGAUAUUCUGAAUUUAUUUGUAAUAAUUAGGGAUUAUAUUAUAUAUAUGUUUAGCAAUUUUUUAACGAAACACUUCGAGAAUUUUGCAAUAUUUCGAAUAGGCUAACACACGAAUAUAAGUUUUUUUUUCCCCCAUAUUUACUGUAAAUAAUCAUGUUCACUCAAAAACCAAAUUGUACAUAAGCUUAAGAAGUUUUAGCUAUAUAAUUAAGUAUUUGCCAUUUGUCUUCAACAUAGCUUGUUUCCCAAAAUAUCUAGCGUUUUACCAGACACGAGGAACCAACUAUUAGUUAGACUCUUGGCCACGCAAAGCAUUAAAUUGUAGAGUAGUUAAUGAUUUCUUAAUAUAUUGAAUACAAUUUUUAUACGAAUUAUUUGCAAUUUUCCAUUUAUGUAUUGUGUAUUCACAUGUAAAGCCAUUGAACAGAUUGUGUAGACAAGCCAACGUUGAGAGAAACAUUUAUUAGUAAUAAAUCCAAUUUAUUUACAAUUGUGAA